AUGGCCUUCAAGGCAGUAGUGCUAGUCGGCGGCCCACAGAAAGGAACUCGGUUUCGGCCUCUUUCUCUUCAACUGCCCAAACCUCUUUUCCCCAUUGCUGGUGUUCCGCUAGUCGAACAUCACAUCGAUCAACUGUCUCAGCUUCCUGGACUGUCAGAGAUUGUUCUCAUUGGUUCGUACUCGUCCGGCCUUUUUACCGAUUUCAUUGGCAGAUGUCAACAGACUUAUCGUAUAUCUAUAAAAUAUGCUCAGGAACAACAACCUAUGGGUACCGCCGGUGGUUUGGUAGCUCAAAGGGAUUUUAUUUUGGGAGAUGCUCCAGAAGCAUUAUUUGUCAUCAAUGGCGAUGUUUGUGGUGAUUUACCUGUUGAUGAAAUGGUUAAACGUAUCGCAUCUUUGCCUGAAGAUAGCUGUUUGUUGCUCACCACUGAAGCGACUCGAGAGCAGAGCGGAAAUUUCGGAAAUGUCGUUAUAGACAACAGUGGUCGCAUUGUGCACUAUGUCGACAAACCAACAACGUUUGUUUCUACACAUAUCUCUUGUGGUGUCUACUUGAUGAAGACGAGUGUUGUCCUGGGAUUGAAAGUAGAUCCAUCCACAAAUUUAUGGUUCGAGACUGACGUUUUCCCGAAGAUGGCGUCUAAUGGCAAACUGUUUGCACUGCAUACCACUCGUUGGUGGAGCCAGACGAAAACAGCAGCAGCUGUUCUUUAUGCUAAUCGACAUUACUUGCGCCUGUUCAAGAAACGGUAUGCAGCUCGUCUGUGUAGAGAUCGUGCGCAGAUAGUUGGCGAUGUUUUUAUCGAUCCCAGCGCUGAGGUGGACAAGUCAGCUAAAAUAGGACCGAAUGUCAGUAUAGGACCAAAUGCAAAGAUAGGAAAAGGAGUCAGAGUCAAGGAGUCUAUCAUUCUUGCGGAUGCUGUUGUUAAUGAACACGCUUGCGUUUUGCAUUCGGUUAUCGGCUGGCGCUCCGUAAUAGGAGCAUGGUCCCGUGUUGAAGGAAUUCCUCUGGCUCCGAACCCGAACCUUCCCUUCGCUAAGCUUGAAAACAAACCUCUUUUCUUGUCGGAUGGUCGCCUCAACCCAUCGCUAACCAUCUUAGUCCACGAGAGCAGUCAUCUUUGCGAUUUGCGAUGUCUCGACGAGUAUAGCAAAUUCUCCUCUCCUCCGCAACUUCAGCCAACAUUUCUCUUCAAGUCCUCUUUCAUCGCCUCUCUGCAACACCUCGAGAGCUCGGACGUCGGAGUUCAUGGUUGUCUCCAGCUUGUGCAGCUCAACGCCAACGUUCUAACUCUAGAGUUUCCGGAGAUAGGCGUUCCUUGGUAG